UGGACAAGAAUGAAUUCCAGAAUGUUUCACUGAUGCUGAAAUGUAUUCAGCUAUACUUUAAAAGUGACCUUCAGGACAGGACGCGUUUGUUUAUUGAGCAAGGACUGGUAGAAAAGUUGGUAUCUUGGUUUGAAAGAGCAAGAGAUUUUGUGAACCUCAUGGACCCAAAUGAGAAUAGAUUAUUGAUGCAACUUUUUGAAGACUUCUUUGACUCUGCAUUGGUGAUUUUCAAGUGCAGUAAGAAAGGGCAAAUAGAGGUCGUGAAUUUAUUUUUACCUGAACUAGUGCAUCUAGUGACAGAAGAAAAUAUUGACUGGAGCCUGAGGCAGGAGGCCUUGAAGACCCUCAACUCUAUACUUGGAAGUCUCCCACGGGAGGAGAGGAAGAAAUUCCCUCUGUCUGAGGAGAUGUGCUCACUCACGGAAGACCUUGCAAAAACUAUGCUGGUGGUUGGUGAUUAUGACCUUCAGGUUGCCCUUUCAGAAGCACUUUGUAGGUUAAUGACCAAAAAAUGGAGAGAUGACCUUGUUCACCACUGGUUUGAAGAUAACUAUCUUGCUGAAGCUUUCAAAGAGAUCAAGGAUGGAGAAUUUGAGACGGACUGCAGAAAAUUUCUUAACCAGCUAAAUGAAAGGCUUGAGGAUGGAAGAAGAGUCUAUUCAUUUCCUUGCAUAUCUGCUUUUGUUGACACAAAUGAGGUGAAGAAGCCGGCAGACGAGAAGCUGGAGAAGUUCUGGAUUGACUUCAACACUGGCACCAAGAGUGUGACUUUCUAUGUGCAGGGUAGUGAGGAUGCUCUUUGGGACUCUGUGAGGCUGUUGAAAGAAGCAGUCAGAAGUUACAGCUUUAAGGAGGAGGAUGGAGAAAAGAUAGUUAAAAUUAAUUUGAAGACUCCGGCUACUUUGAACCAAAAAAAUGUAACAAAAAUCAAAAUGUCUUUCAGUGCUGAGUUUGAAAUCGUCAGUGUUCUUAGAAAAGUCUUGGGAGAUGAAACAAUGAUGAUAAAUGUGGCUGAAGAGGAGCCUGUCCAUAGUGGGAAGGAAGCCAGGCAGAACGAAGCAGUGAUACCUGGGUCCACUAAUCCGCAGAAGAGGAAAGAUCCUUCAGACUCGGAAAAUGCAGAGACUCCACCAGACAUCUUAGCUUCUCAGGACAGUCAGCAGUUAACAGGCACUGAAAUGGUUAACUCUGCUGUCACCACGACUGCAGUGAGCGAAAAAACUGAUAUGGAAGAUACUAAAGAAGCAAAGUUGAAAACUCCGUCUCAAAGGAUGAAAGCUAAGCCUAGUGAGAAGCCCAUAGAAGAUGCAUCCAUGGAGGAGUCAACACCAAAGGUAUUGCAGAUGAGUUUAUUCAGUAAUGAUGCUACUUGGGAAAAAGGAAACAGAAAAAAGAGUUUGGCCAGGAAGAGGACUGAAGGCAGGAAGGAAAUUUAUGACUUUGAAAAUUCAGACUCUGCAAGUCAUGAAAAGGUUGCUGAAGCUAAAGAAAAGAUUCUGGGCCAGAAAUUUUCCUCACAAAGUCAGAGGAGUUAUGAAAUAGGAAAUAAGAAUGAGGAAUCAAACAAGCUUGAGAGAAGUCAGUCCAGUUACAGGAAACAUCUUUUCUCUGAAAGCAACAGUGAAAAUACAAGCACUGGUCAGAGUGAAAAAAGCUGGAUUCUUGACUUUCAGAAGCAGUCGCUGCCAAAACUUCAUGACUAUACCCGAAAAAGACCCCGGGUGAGAAGUAAAUUAAGAGUGCUUCCAGUGUCUUCUGCAAGUAGUGGCAGUGACCACCCGACAGAGAAGCAGGGGGCAUCAGGGAGAAGAGCUCAAAGGGAGACGCUAAGGAAAAAAAGUGCACUCAGCUCCAAGGGAGAUGUACCUACAGUGGAUCAUGAUGAUGAAAGCCUCUCAGAGGAGCUCAAAGUGGGACAGCUAUUACUUGAUGCAUCUGCCAAGAGCUACUCCAGUGAUGAGGAGAAUGCCCCACAGAAGUUUCACAAUGCAUCCAGCGAAUUGUCAAGAGAAGAAGAAAGUUUUAAGCGGAAGGACUCAGAUAUAUUAAGUGACACAGCUACAAAAAAGCUUAAAUAUUCCAGUUGGGAAGGAAGUCUUUUGUCCACUGACAAUUCCUAUCAGUCAAAGAAACUUGUUGAUUCAGUAGAGAAAGAAGUGGAGAUCCAGACAGGUCAGGAAAUGGACGAUAAUGUGGAUGAUGUAUUUCCUUCUGAGACGAUGCAUGAAGACUUCAGUGAUUCAGGGGUGAUUACUGCAUUUGAAAGCUUUAUCGGCCAACUAAAGAAAUUGUUCUUGGCUCGAUACAAACGGAUGGAGACCAGUGCACAAAAUGCCCUGAGGACUUCAGAGAAGAAGAUGUCCCUGCUGCUGAACCAAAUACAUGAAUGCAGGCUGACUAAGCUGAAGACCUUCCAGAAGGCUCUUGUCGAAGACCUUGCCAGUCUUGAGGAGGAAACCCAAGUCUUAGCAAGCAUGGAGAAGGAUGCAAUGGACUUCUGGAAUGCGCAGUUGCUCAAACUGAAUUCUUUCUGCAACCAGCAAAAGCAAAGAAUUCAGUCUGUUGACUUGGGCCUGGGUCAAACAGUCUGGGACUCUGCCACCACUAGCCAAAAUACAACGUAUGAACUCCCAGCAGAGAAGUCAGUAGAAAAAGGCAUCUUCACUGCUCCUUCUGACUAGCAAACCUGUGGAUUCAUUAUUGCUCUUAAAAUUUGAGCACCUUAUGCAGUGCAGAGAAGAUGGUUGUGUUGAAGGAUGUUUAUCGCUCUUAAAUAGAAAGGAAAAAAAGGGGGGAGGAGGAGGAAAAUAACACUGAGGGU